UGAUUUAUCUUCUCUAUAAUCCAUUCAGGAGGAACAUCUGAGCACGCUCUGAUGAGGAUUUCAGCUCUUCAGGAACAUUAAUAUUCACCCGAGCAUCUGACUGUUUACUCGUCACUGAUCCAGCAUGGCUGGUGCCAGGAUUAAACGGCCAGUGGAACAACUCCAGCAAUCGUCCUCGCCGUCCUUUGGUUUUUCAUGGAGUAGGCGGAAGUGAGAUGGAAUUUCCUCUAUAUAAUCACGGCGAGAUGAUCUCCACGUCACACGUCUGCUGAAGAGUGGCGGAGGGCUGUGGUGGUGUAGUUUUCUAGUAUAUUCCGGAUCGCAGAUAUGCUCCAGACCAAUAACUACUCGCUGGUGCUGCUGGUCCAGCUGGCACUGCUGACCUUUGACCUGUUCGUCAACUCCUUCAGUGAACUGCUGCGGGCCGCGGCGGUCAUACAGCUCGUGCUCUUCAUAAUCCAGGACAUCGGCAUCCUGUUUAACGUGAUCAUCAUUCUCCUCAUGAUGUUCAACACAUACGUGUUCCAGGUGGGGCUGGUGUCGCUGUUACUGGAGCGAUUCCGAGCGCUGCUGAUACUGUCUGCACUCUACCUGACUCUCAGCAUCUGCUUUCACUGCUGGGUCAUGAACCUGAGGUGGAUGGAGUCCAAUGGUUUCGUGUGGACGGACGGUCUGCAGGUUCUCUUUGUGUUCCAGAGACUGGCUGCUGUGUUGUAUUACUACUUCUACAAACGCACAACCGAGUACCUGGGAGACCCCAGACUUUACGAAGAUUCCCCGUGGCUCCGUGACGCAUUCGCUAGAGCGCGACAGUGAAACCAACCCAAAGUGGUGCACGGGGGACGUUAACGUUGUGCAAUACAACACACAACCAAAGCAUUUCAAGAAACUAAACGGAUGGACUCAUUCAGAGCCCCGCCACCUUAAAACAAACUUAAGAAUUGUAGGAAAGAGCCAAGAUGGCUUCCAUGGAGCACAGUGGCAAAUGGAGAGAUCUCAUUUUGUGUUUUUAAUGACUGGAGCGCAACGAGAAAUAAAGCAUCAUGAAACCUGA